AUGCUUGAAAUCAUGCCAAUAAACGGUCUUUCUAUGGAACCCGCAAAGCUACCUUCAUUUCCAUAUGCUACUAAGAAUGGUGGUCCCAAGAACAAGUCUCGUAGGUCUCUACGGUGCAGUGCAGUGAUCAUUAAUUUGCCUACCGAUUAUCUCCCAAAGGGCAACAAUACGCUGAUCAAUAGGUUUGUGAUGUCCAACCCCAAACCAAAUGCCCUGGAUUCGUCGAAAAAAGUCCAGCUCCAUGAAGGCCUAGAGUCAUGCUCAACCAUGGAGGAGCUGAAGCAAUACCACUCCCAGAUCAUCAAAAUUGGCCUUUCGUAUGAUAACGAUGCCAUCGGUAGGAUCAUCAAGUUCUGUGCUAUCUCAAAAAACGGCGAUUUGGGUUAUGCACUCAAGGUGUUUGACAAAUUGCCACAGCCAGACACAUUCAUUUACAACACCAUUUUUAGGGGUUACCUCCAAUUCCAACAUCCCAAAGAAUGCAUAUCUUUGUACUCCCAAAUGUUACAAAGUUCUGUUACACCCAAUAAGUUCAGUUUCCCUCCUGUCACAAGAGCUUGCUCUUUACACAACGCCAUUGAAGAAGGCAAGCAAGUUCAUGCCCAGAUUUUGAAAUUCGGAUACUCUUCAGAUGGGUUCUCUCAGAACAAUUUGAUUCAUAUGUAUGUUACCUUCAAGCACUUGCAGGAAGCAAGGAAGGUGUUCGACAAAAUGCCUCACCCAGAUCCCAUCUCUUGGACAACACUAAUUACUGGCUAUUCCCAACUGGGAUACAUCAAUGAGGCUCGCAAAGUGUUCGAUAAAAUGCCAGAAAGAAACCCUGUUUCCUGGAACGCCAUGAUUUCUGCAUACAUCCAAAGCAACCGUUUCCACGAAGCCCUUCAAUUGUUCAACAAAAUGCAAUCAAACCACAUCAAAUUAGACAAAUUUAUAGCAGCAAGCAUGUUAUCAGCAUGUACAAAACUCGGAGCAUUAAAACAAGGGGAAUGGAUUCACGAUUACAUCAAGAGAAACGGAAUCCAAAUCGACCCAAAACUCGCCUCCACCAUCAUCGAUAUGUACUGCAAAUGCGGUUCACUCGAAAAGGCACUCGAAACAUUCAACGAGUUAACCAAAUCCAAAUCCAAUUCCAAUUCCGAUUCCAAUUCCGAUUCCGUUUCCGUUUCCAUCUCUUCUUGGAAUUCCAUGAUCGGGGGAUUCGCGAUGCAUGGAAAAGGUGAUUCCGCCAUUGACCUCUUCAAGAAAAUGGAAACGGAAUCGGUAUCUCCGGACUACAUUACAUUCGUGAACUUAUUAAGCGCGUGUGCUCAUUCGGGAUUAAUCGAACAAGGUCGUUAUUAUUUCAAACACAUGGUGGAAUCUCACGGGAUUACACCCGGAAUGGAGCAUUACGGAUGCAUGGUGGACAUGCUUGGAAGGGCCGGAAUGUUCGAUUCCGCCAUUGACCUUAUAAACGAGAUGCCAAUGAAUCCAGAUGUGGGUGUUAUGGGUGCACUUCUUGGAGCUUGUAAAAUCCAUAACAAUGUCGAAUUAGGAGAAAAAAUCGGGGAAAAAGUCAUAGAAUUGGAGCCUCAUAAUAGCGGAAGGUAUGUAUUAUUAGCUAACAUAUACGCCAACUCAUCAAAAUGGGAAUCCGUUGCUAAAAUUAGGAAGCUCAUGAACGAUAGAGGCGUUAAAAAAGAACCGGGUUUUUCACAAAUCGAAAUCGAGGGUAGUAUUAAUGAGUUUAUUGCAGGGGGGAGAGUUCAUCGGGAUUCGAAACAGAUAUAUGAAAAAGUCAAUGAAAUGUUGAGUUCGAUUAAAUCUAUGGGAUAUGAACCGGAAAGUGAGAAUGUGUUGCAUGAUAUUAGUGAAGAAGAGGAUGUGGAAAACCCGGUUUUUUAUCAUAGUGAGAAACUAGCGAUUGCUUAUGGUUUGUUGAAAAGUAAACCGGGGGAGGUUUUAAGGAUUACUAAGAAUUUGAGGGUGUGUAAGGAUUGUCAUGAGGUGAGUAAAUUGGUUUCCAAGUGUUUUGAGAGGGAAAUAAUUGUGAGGGAUAGAAGUCGAUUUCAUCAUUUUAAAGAUGGCGUAUGUUCGUGUAAUGAUUAUUGGUGA